AUGGCGUUCUUAAAGGACUCACAGAAGAAACCCUACUUUGGUUUGAAAGGGGGGUGGCUAACGUUCUGGAUUACUGUUGCCUGUGCCACCGAUAUGAGUUUGUUUGGAUACGACCAAGGUCUUUUUAGUGGUGUUGUGGUUACGGAAGACUUUCUGGUAGUUCACGACCUGGUGGGACGCUCAAAGACUACGACGCUCUCCACUGUAACCGCCAUCUACGACGUUGGGUGUUUCUUCGGUGCACUCGUGGCCUUCAGCAUUGGCGAGCGCCUCGGUUGGAAGAAGUCAAUCUUGCUAGGAACCACCCUUAUAGCGAUCGGCACCCUGCUCAAGUGCACGUCGUACAGUCUUCCACAGAUAUUCGUCGGUCGAGUCAUUCUCGGUUUCGGAAAUGGUAUCAACACAUCAACAGCGCCAAUCUGGCAAACAGAGACUUCUUCUCCCAAAUGGAGAGGAAAGCUUGUUUUCCUGGAAAUGGUCAUGAACAUCCUUGGCUUCUCCAUGGUCAACUGGAUCAACUACGGGCUUUCCUUUGCCGGUGGUGCCGUGGCCUGGCGGUUUCCGAUCGCUUUCCAGUUCAUGUUUAUCUUCGUUCUGUUUGCAACCGUCCCAUGGCUUCCCGAGUCCCCGAGGUGCCCCGUCGACGACCCUUACGUUGUGGCACAGAAAAAUGAAAUCGAAUAUACGAUCAACUACGAGCGAGAAAAUGCCAUCCGAUGGCGCGACAUUUUUCGACGCAGAAAGACCGACAGCACAGACUCCAAAACCUUGCGACGACUGAUCCUUGGCGCCGGUACACAGUUCAUGCAACAAUUCGAAGGCGUGAAUAUAAUGUACUAUUAUCUGCCCACUGUUCUUAUGCAGUUCGUCGGGCUUUCUGACUCGAUGGCACGGCUGCUUACGGCAGUCAAUUCAGUCACCUAUCUGAUUUGCACCUGCUGUGCAGUAGGGUUGAUUGAGAGGAUGGGACGCCGCGGCCUGAUGAUGCUGUCCACCGCCGGCCAGUUCUUUGCUUUUCUGAUCAUCACGAUCCUGCUGCGCUAUGCGGAGGCCAAUGCUAAUACGCCCCAAGGACAGAAAUUCGGCUCCGCCUCUAUUGUGUUCUUUUUCCUUUUCUACAUUUUCUUUGGUCUUGGUAUGCUCGAGAUCCCUUGGCUUUAUCCUACGGAGCUCAACUCCCUCCAAAUGCGGAACAAGGGAGCUGCUGUGGCGACGGCGACAAAUUGGCUUACGAACUUUGUCAUCGUGGAAAUCACUCCGAUUGGUAUUCAAAACAUCGGUUGGAAAUUUUGGAUCGUCUGGACAGUGUUCAACGCUGCCUUUUUGCCAGUCAUCUAUUUCUUCUAUCCUGAAACGGCCAACCGUACCUUGGAAGACAUCGACGCAUACUACCGUUCCAACCCGUCGUUGAUCGUUGUCAAGGACCCGGAUGCCAUCUCCGUUAAACGCCCGCUGAAGUACAUCGAGCAUGAAGACCAUGAGAUGAGAAAGAUUGGUGAAAUCAAGACUAGGAAAGACAAUGACCUUAUGGUAGAACAUGUGGAAUAAGUGAAAUUGUGGGAGUGUUGAUUGCAUGGUGCAGGAUGGAUUCUUAACUAAGGAAACUAUCUAUACCACAUACGAUGGCGUGAUACGUUUUGAGAUAUAUAUUUUAAGCGAAC